AUGGUUACUAGCGACCCCGAGUCCUCUCGUGGGACGACAGAGCAUACCCCUUUGCUCGGAGAUCGGCCCCCUCAUGUCCAGGGUGAGGGGUCCGAGUCCGGACCGGAAGCGGAGCCGACGCCCGAGGAGAAGACGCCGAAGAGACGAUACGCUUGGCGCAUAUUCUGGAUUUUGCUAUUAUUGAUCGUGAUUGGGGUCUUUGUGAAGGGAUGGAUCGAUGCCGAUGAGACCGAGUUCGACUUGAAAGGCGCUCUGAAGCGCGCGCUUGGGGGAGGUCUCAGUGGUGCGGCGGCUAUGGUGCUGCAGGUCUUGCUUCUCAUGCCACUGCGUACAAUCAUGAACUACCAAUAUCGCCAUGGCACAUCAUUCACCGUUGCCACGCGAACUCUGUAUGAAGAGGGAGGAGUUCGGCGAUACUACCAAGGAAUCGCCCCUGCUCUUUUCCAAGGGCCCGUUUCAAGAUUCGGAGAUACCGCUGCCAAUGCCGGUAUUCUUGCUCUGCUCCAGUCAAGCCCAUACUUGAAAAACCUGCCAUCACCCAUCAAAACUAUUUUUGCGUCUCUUUGCGCGGCGGCUUUCCGUAUGAUCCUCACUCCCAUCGACACACUCAAGACCACCCUCCAGGCACAAGGUGCUCGCGGAACCGCCCUUCUCAGACGACGUAUCAAGUCGAAUGGAAUUGGAAGUCUCUGGUGGGGCGCAUUUGCUACUGCGGCUGCCACCUUUGUUGGACAUUACCCCUGGUUUGCGACGUAUAACUUCUUAUCCGAGGUUAUUGCUGAGCCAGCGAAGCACCCGCUCUUUUGGUGGCUACUACGACUGGCCUUUAUCGGCUUCUGUGCCUCGAUUGUAUCGGAUUCCAUCUCCAACUCUCUGAGAGUGGUCAAGACCUAUCGCCAAGUCAACGACACCAAGGUUUCAUAUGGUGAAGCUGCGCGCGCAGUCGUUGUUCAGGAUGGCAUCACAGGACUCCUUGGCCGGGGCCUCAAGACCCGCAUCUUGGCCAAUGGUCUUCAGGGUAUUCUCUUUUCCAUCCUAUGGAAGCUGUUCUUGGACUUGUGGGAGAAAAAGACGCAAACGUAG